CAUCGCCCCAUCAACGCAUACCGAGUUCCUGCCAUGUUUAAAAAUCUGUCGUACAAGCUGUCUUCAGCGCUGUCGUCGGCACCCGAGGUCCCUACGCCCAAAAGCAACGGCGAAUUUGCAAAAGCAACCAAGACGGCCGAUUUAUUUCCGACUACCGACCCGGCCAUUGAUGGCGACGACUGUCUGCACGACUGCGCCAGUUGCAGCAUAAAAUACCCGCGCAAAUUCGACAUUGAUGAGACGGAGGAGCUGUACGGCCAUGUCAAGAGUUUCAAUACCCAUCUUCUCGUGGCGACGGGGAAAAGCGACUGGGUGCGAGAUGUUGCCGAUGAGAAGGGCAGCAUCAUGGAGGCGGUGGACAAGGGAAACGUAAAGCCUAGCAACGGGAGACUCAUGCUAUCCGCCUCCAACAUCCCCGUUCCAGACCACUCGGACCACAGCUCUACAGUACUCCUGCUACCGUCGUGGCAAUUCAUAGACAAUGUUUCGCCUGCAAAUGUGCCGGAGCUCAUUACGCACUUUGUCAAUGGCGGCCCUACAAACAACAGUCCGUUGCGCUCGCAACCCGCCUCAACAUGGCCGGAAGAAGACUCUUCCGCACCACAACCGGCGCCCAAUGCGGCCGCAAUACCCCCGUCACUACCCGCAACGUCACAGCUCAAGCCUCGGCCAUGCCCGCACAAAUACCUCAUCUUGAUGUGCAGUCAAAAGACGCGCGACGCACGCUGCGGGCAGUCGGCGCCUCUGCUACUCAAAGAGUUUGAGCGCCUGCUGCGGCCCAUGGGGCUGUACCGCGACCUGCACGACGAGCGGCCAGGCGGCGUGGGAAUAUACUUCAUCAGCCAUGUCGGGGGCCACAAGUUCUCUGCAAACGUCAUGAUCUACCGACACUCGUCUGUUGCCGCGGGAGCCAAGCAGGCCAACGGACACACCAAUGGCGCUGAAGCGCAGCUGACAGACUUGACACUGGAAGACAAGGAGGGCAAGCAAGUCGUGCUGGAUGCGAACAAGGAGCAGGAGGCGGAAGGUAAUGGCGAGGCUGCACAGUGUAUCUGGCUUGCGCGGGUGCGGCCUGAGGACUGUGAGAACAUCAUCAAGUACACGGUGCUGCAAGGCAAGGUUGUCAAGCCCGACAGACAGCUGCGUGGUGGAUUUGACAGAUGCAAGCAGCUGGCUAGCUGGUAGUUUGUCUGGUGUGGGGGGCUUGGGAUCUUUCAGGAGUUACUUGGUAUGAUAGACGACGACAACGACGCAACAUACCCCGCUGCGAUAGGCAGUCGUGUAAUAGAUUAUUUAAC